UUGAUUGUUCUCCUCUCUCGCAUUUUAUUAUUUCAAUUUUCUAUUAUUUAGACUAAUCGUAUUAUGUGUGUGUUUAUUAAACUAUAACUUGAUUGAAUUAUAAAUCUAAAAUUUCCGCUACGUUUAUGAAAUCUUCUACUUUUUCUUAGUAAUCAUGGACGGCUCUUCAGCAAAGAAAUCUACCUCGCUUGAGACACUCGUUAUCCAAAACAUUACAAAUUUGAACGAUUUGAAAACGAAACUCGGUGAUAUCAUACAAGCAAGUAAAGAUUACGAAUACGAUGUUUCCUCAUGUCUGAAAACUCUUCUGAGCAGUUCUGAUCAAGAAAUAGUAGUGCUUACGGUGCAAGCGAUCUCGGAGCUCGCAAAAUGUGAAAAUAAAAGAGAAACUUACGCUCAGAAGGAUGUAAUACAGCCAAUAAUAAGUAUAUUGGACAAAGAGAUAAAUUACUUAAAUUUAGAGCUUGUGAAGCAAUGCUGCAGGGCUUUGGGUAAUUUAUGCUGUGACUGUGAUGCUUCACGGACUGUUCUACUGGAGAUUAAUGGUGUUCCUGUGCUAAUUAGAUUGCUAGAGCAAACACUGGCCCAGUCUAAUCCUGUGUAUGGUGAAAUAAAGCUUCUUGUGAGUAAAACCUUGUUAAAUUUCGCCAUUGGCGGUUCAGAGUUCUCAGAUGCUAUUAUUCAAGCUGGCAUAUUAGAUAUUUUACACAAAAUUUUGUCACUGGAGCUGGACAAAGAAGACAUGAAUGACGAUGUAGUAUCCACAUGUUUGUUGAUACUGAGUGUGAUAAAUGAUAAUACUCCAGAGUACCUGUUCGAGGAAAAAGUCAAUAAGGACGUUCUCAAUGUACUCCGGGAGACCACUAAUGUGGAGAUAUCUGAACUUUGCUUGGAUCAUCUACAUGCCCAAGCAGAGCAUGAUUCAGUAAAGAAUAUGGUAGCAAGUGAGGGCGGGGUGCAACUAGUCUGUACACGCCUUGAGCAGCUGAUGGCGCGCCGAGAGGCGGGUGACGUCAGUGCUGAAGAUUCAGAAAUCGAUGCCAUCAUCAAACAGGCCUGCGAUCUUAUCAUCAUAAUUUUAACUGGAGAUGACGCAAUGAACAUGCUAUACAACAACGGCGUAGGCGAGGUGUAUCUAAGCAUGGUAAGGUGGCUGGACUCGCGCGACUGGCAAUUAUUGACCACUGGGGUAUUGGCUGUCGGCAACUUCGCGCGCCGCGACGACUACUGUGCGCAAAUGAUGCAGGACCGCAUCUUUGAUAAGUUGCUGGACAUCUUAGAGGUGUACCACGGGUUCGGGGUCCGCAUGCAGAAGGAUCCGGACGCGGUGCGGCCCGUAGACCCUGCCACCGUCACCAAGGUGCAGCACGCGGUGCUUUCGGCGCUGAGGAAUCUUAUCGUGCCGGUCGCUAAUAAAAGCGUCGCUCGCCAGCUAGCCACCCAUUCAGAAGCGUUAGCUAGCGUGGCUCGCUGGGGACACGCGGGGCAGUGCGCGGGCGCGGCGGGCGAGGCGCCGCGCCUGCUGGCCUGGGCCGCCAAGCAGCUGCGGCACUCCAGCCACUGGCGGCAGCUUGUGCAGACGGUGCGUUCCGACGCCGAACCGCAGGCACACCGCACUUGGAUUGAGCGAGACGGUGCCGUUGCGGCGCCGCAUACCACCAUGUGUACAGUGAUGCAGCCAAAUAUUUGCGGAAUUGUAGGAGACAAUAACCUAAGGCCUAGUGGUGCUGGACUGCUGGCCUGGGCCGCCAAGCAGCUGCGGCACUCCAGCCACUGGCGGCAGCUUGUGCAGGUUGAAGGAUGUGUAUCCAGUUUAGUGAACAUGCUAGUUGUAUGUCACUCAGUAAUGCAGAACGAAGCUAUUCUCGCCCUUACGCUGCUCGCAAUAGAGUCGCUAAACAACAAAACUCCCACGAGCGAGGCCCCAUCCGACUUCGAUUACGAAAAGAGUUUUACCUCUCAAUUAAUAAAGUCGGAAAUCGGGAAGCACGUCGCGGUACUCAUUGACACUAACUGUGCGAAAAUGCCAAUGGAAGUGGCAGAGAAUUUGCUCGCGUUUCUCGAUAUAACUUCGAAGAAGAAUGAUUUGGCUUCAGAUUACAAAGAAACGAAGGUUCACGAAUCUCUAAAGAAGUUUUGCGACUCACGAAACGAUUUCAGCGAUGACUUGAAGGCAUGCAUAAAUGGAGUAGUCACGUCUAUUUUAAAUAAUGCCAAAGCGGAGUAAACCUCGAAGUGUCGGUUUUUGAAACCAAUCGACUUAUUGUUUGAAUUUAUUUCAGAGUCUACCAAGUUGUUGUUCAUUGCCACCGUCAGUUAUGUCAUUUGACAUGUACUGAAUUAACCAAAUAGAACCUUAUGACUGACAAAAUAAGACCAAUUAUCUGUGUCAAAGAAUAGAUAGGUAACCGAUAGGCUACGAUUACCGUCUGAUAUAUCCUCAACCGAUUUUUGCUAUAUAAAUCGACAUGAAGGUGGCUUGUUCUAGCCUGUUCUAUAAUAAUGGGACAGUUAUACGGUGUAUUGCCGAGGAGGAUUAGUUCAAUAUGAAUGUAUUUAAUGUUAUUUAUAAAUGAUUGGUUUUAUCAAACACCAAGCUGAUAUCUGAUUUGUAUAUUUUAAAGUGAUGUGUCGUGGUUUUGUAACAAAUCAGCGCAAAACCGCGACCGUAUUACAUUUUAAACGUAAUUCAGUGGCAAGCAAGCAAUUUUAUGUUUGCCUUAAAUGAGCGGUUUCUCCUCAUGCUUGUCACAAUGACAUCUGUCAAAUAUCAGCCAAAGAUGAAAUAUGUAUGUAGCGUUUUCAAGGAUGUUUAUAUUAUUUGGAUUGUAUUUUAAAUGUCACUAGAACAAUUUUUGCAUACGAAUGCGCAAAUGAAGAAUACUGUGAAUCAAUUGUUGAAAUAAACUCGCGUUUAUUCGUAAACUAUACAUAUUGGAAUCGAGGUUGUAUGGGAGUGCUUGAAUUUCUCGCUUCCUAUCUAGUCAUAGUCUAAUUAAGCUACUCGUUAGUCAUUUUGCUAGAUUUCCUUAAAUAUUUAACAUAGUUUAGCGAAAGAUUAAUAUUUAAUGAAAGUAAUAUGUUAUUUUUGAGAUUCCCUUUCGUAUUUUACAUUCCACUUAUGAUCACGUUGUAAUAUUAUAUUAUGAAACGAAUUGUUUGACCAUUUAUUGUUAUAGUUAUUAUUGCAAUGGCGCGUGUAUUAUUCCCGUCUCGUUCGCCCGUGAUAGUGUGUGAGCGGAGAAGUUUCUUAUACAAUAGACAUAAUAUUUUCUUUUAUGUGGUUAUUGGAAUUAAGCAAUGAGAGAACUGCAUCAAAAUAUUAUUGAUUAAUCUUGUUAUGAUACAUUUAUCAAUUUAUGGUCAACAAUCGUUUAUUCUGCUUUAGAUAAUAAUAAACAAGAAUACAAAAUACACAGCAAUACGAACGAAAUACUCAAAAGUACAAUACUGUAGACACGGUUAUAAUUAUUGAUAAUGGUCUAGCUUCAUUGUAUUAUAAUUAACUUCUAUUUAAGAUUGUAAUUAGUGAUUACUAGCUUGAAUACGGGCCCUCAACAUGCUCUAUGGCUGAUCUAUAAAGAUAUCCUAAACUUAAAUCUAAAAACGGGGUGUGUAUUGAUUUAUAAUAAACCUUAUGUGAAAUGAGAUCUUCACAUCCCAAGUGAAUAUAAAAUACUUAUUUGACUUGUUAGAGCAUUGAAAAAUUAAUCCAACCAGACAAAAAAUCAAUCACGCACUCCACGUGAUUAAAACGUGCACCAACAACAGAGGUAAGGUAGGUAAUAUUGCAUUCUAAUGGAUUAGAGCAUCAAUUCCCAAAUAUUUUUAGAUUUAAGAUUAUGAAUCUUUUCUAUCGCUACAUUCAAAGUUGAAUGUCUGUCUGUAACUGAAGCACGAAUAGUUUGGAAAUACAACUUAACUACUGUUAGCAAAAUAAUACAGCUGAAAAUAUUUUUACAUGGUGUCGAUAAUCCCUAAAAGUGAUGUCUUUUGACCUUUAUAGCAAACAUGCUUGUCGAUGUCUUUUAACAGUAAACAAAUUAUUCGUGCUUUGGCU